UGCUGAAAUAAAACAUUGCAUGUUUGCCUCAUAAAGCAGAUUUCCGGUUUGAACUUUGAGCUGCUGGGAACUUCACGACUAACUUGAUCAUGAUCAUGUGACAGAGAGAAGACGAACGAUGACAGAGCACCUGCUGAAAAUACUGAUUGUUGGUGAUGGAAAUGUUGGAAAAUCUUCCUUUGUAAACCGUUACAUCAGUGGAAAUUUCAACAGAACAUACAAGAUGACUGUAGGAGUGGAUUUUGCUGUUAAACUGCUGCACUGGUCCGAUGAAGAAAAAGUCAGGCUGCAACUUUGGGACAUAGCAGGCCAAGAACGCUUCAUAUCCAUGACCAGAAUCUAUUAUAAAGGUGCAGUGGGCUGCAUUGUGAUGUUUGACAUCAGCAGCUCAUCCAGUUUCCUAAGCUGUCGCCUCUGGAAACAGGACCUGGACCACAAGGCCAUGCUGCCGAACGGAGACACAAUCCCCUGUCUCCUGCUGGCCAACAAGUGUGACCUGGCUGAGCGGGCCGUGUCGGCAGACACUAUUGAUCAGUUUAGCGGAGCUAACGGCUUCUUCACCUGGAUGGAGGCUUCUGUCAAAGAGAACAAGAAUGUCGGAGAAGCCAUGAGGAGGUUAGUCCAGGAGAUUUUAUCUGUUCAUCUGAAGCCCUCACAGCCUCUGCCUGAAGGAAGCGUCUUCCUGCAGCAGGACUCUGAGUUCAACACCGACACUGGCAGAAGCUGCUGCUGACACAACUUGUUCCACAGCUGGACCCCAACAAACACAGCUAAUGAAUCCUCAUUGUGUUGGAAGCGCUGCUUCAAAUAGACUCACUGUUAUGAGUCUAAUUCUGUCUCAUGAUCAGAGCUACUUUCUAUAGGUCAAGGAAACAAGCUGGUAAUCAGAGCACAUUCACCUUUUUUGGUUGGUUUCUUUGUAUGGUUGAUGUUUUAUUGGAUGAAUGCCAUAAAGCAUUCAAUCCAUUGUUUUCCUGCUUCUCUUUCCAUCUUUAUUAUAGUUUCCUCUACCAUUUUUUGGCACUUAACUCCUACAAUUUUUCAGCUAUUUUAACCAUUCAUCUAUUAAAAUGUUCAGCUCUUUCAGCUUCUUCCAGUUA